AUGGCUCGAACACAAAAGAACAAAGCAACAAUGGGACAUCUGGGAAUGUUAAAAGCAAGAAUAGCAAAACUUCGUCGAGAACUUAUUUCUCCAAAAGGUGGCGCUGGUGGUGCUGGCGAAGGUUUUGAUGUUGCAAAAACUGGUGAUGCAAGGAUUGGGUUUGUUGGAUUUCCAUCGGUGGGAAAGUCAACUUUAUUAUGUAAUCUGGCGGGUGUUUAUUCAGAAGUCGCUGAUUACGAAUUUACGACACUUACAACUGUGCCAGGUGUUAUUCGAUAUAAAGGUGCUAAAAUACAGCUCCUGGAUUUGCCAGGGAUUAUUGAAGGAGCGAAAGAUGGUAAAGGUCGUGGUCGGCAGGUUAUCGCUGUUGCUCGGACUUGCUCGUUAAUAUUGAUGGUACUUGAUGUAAUGAAGCCAUUGCAGCAUAAGAAGCUUUUGGAGCAUGAACUUGAAGGUUUUGGAAUUCGUUUAAAUAAAAGGCCACCAAAUAUUGUUUUCAAACGAAAAGAUAAGGGUGGUCUUAAUUUGACAUGUUUGGUAGCGCAGUCGGAACUGGAUGUUGAGCUCGUGAAAACGAUUUUAUCCGAAUAUCGAAUACACAAUGCCGACGUGACAUUGCGCUGUGACGCAACAUCCGAAGACUUAAUCGAUGUCAUUGAGGGAAAUAGGAUAUAUAUUCCGUGCAUCUAUGUCCUCAACAAAAUCGACCAAAUAUCAAUUGAGGAAUUGGAUAUCAUUUAUAAGAUACCGCAUUGUGUGCCUAUUUCUGCUCAUCAUAAAUGGAACUUCGAUGAUCUUUUAGAAAAAAUCUGGGAAUAUCUCAACCUUGUUCGAAUUUAUACAAAGCCUAAAGGACAAUUGCCCGACUAUAAUGCACCAAUUGUAUUGCAUUCGGAAUCGAAAACUGUUGAUGAUCUUUGUUUCAAAAUCCACAAAUCACUUCAGAAGGAUUUCAAACUCGCAGUUGUUUGGGGUAGCUCAGUAAAACAUAAUCCACAACGAGUUGGCAAAGAACAUGUUUUAAACGACGAAGAUGUUGUACAAAUUGUCAAAAAGUAA